AUGGCCGAGACUGACCCCAAGAUGGUGCAGACUCUCUCCUCACUGGUGCAGACACUCCUGCAACAGAUGCAAGAUAAAUUUCAGACCACGUCUUACCAGAUCAUUGGAAGAGUUGAUGAUAUGAGUGCUCGCAUUGAGGAUCUGGAGAAAAACAUCUCAGACCUCACGACACAGGCUGGAGAGGAAGAACUGGAAGGCGAAAGCAAGAUCCCUGCCUCACAAAAGAGUUGA